GCUGAAGUUGCAGUCUUUGACAUGGCCACAGCUUCUCCACGGCCUGGAAGCAGUAAUAACUAUAAUGGAAGAUUACAAAUGCAAGUAACUAUUUGUAGUGCCAAACUGAAAAGAAAAAAGAACUGGUUUGGUGGAACUGCCAUCUAUACAGAAGUAGUAGCAGAUAGUGAAAUUAAGAAAACAUCUAAAUCCAACAGUUCCUCAAAUCCAAAAUGGGAUGAACAACUGACUGUGAAUGUGACUCCACAGACCACUUUGGAAUUUAGAGUUUGGAGCCAUCAUACUUUAAAAGCUGAUGCUUUAUUAGGAAAAGCCACUGUAGAUCUUAGACAAGCUUUGGAAAUACAUAAUAGAAGAUUAGAAGGAGUCAAAGAACAGCUGAAACUCUCAUUGGAAAAUAAAAAUGGCUUGGUACAAACAGGAGAAUUGAUAGUAGUGCUUGAUGGUUUGGUGCUUGAACCAGAAUCUCUUACAAACCACAAUUCACUAGUAACCAUAGAAGUCCAGCAAAAUGGUGAUGCUUUGCAUGAAAACAGAGAAACAUCUGCAAGAACCACUUCCAGCAGAAUAGACAAUCAAACAUCAUCAAGUUCCGUAGUACAGACCUCGUUCCCUAUACAUGCAGUAAAUGGAGGCAGUGGAGAUAAUACACCAUCUCCUUCUCAUAUUGCAAUUAGACCCAAAAAUACACCAUCACCAAAACCACUAACAAGUGAGCCUGACAGCAAUAUUGUUGAUUGUGACUCAUCUAUGAUGGAAGCUGAUACUAAUUCAGUCUCUGAAACUCCUAUGGAUUCUACAGAAGCACCCAUGUCUGUAGACUGUAGUACUACUAUUUCUGCUAACAUUGAACCUCCUUUAGGAACGGAAGCUACUAUUAGUAACUCUGAAAACAGCACUUCUACAGCUCCCACCAAUGUAUCUCCUGGCCUUGAAACUGUUGCUCCUACAGAUUCUUCAUCUUCUAGUGCCCAAAACAAUGCAACUACAGAAGCAGCAAAACCAAGAGAAUCCUCAAGUAUGUCUGGGGAACCUGUAAGGCAACAACAGCCUGGUACUAACAGCAUAGAGCCUUUGCCCCCAGGAUGGGAGCAGAGAAAGGAUCCUCAUGGUAGAACCUAUUAUGUUGAUCACAAUACAAGAACGACAACAUGGGAAAGGCCCCAGCCUCUACCACCAGGGUGGGAAAGGAGAGUUGAUGAUCGUGGACGGGUUUAUUAUGUGGACCAUAAUACACGAACAACAACAUGGCAACGACCAACAAUGGAAUCAGUCAGGAACUUUGAACAAUGGCAAUCUCAGCGAAACCAGUUGCAGGGAGCUAUGCAACAAUUUAACCAACGAUACCUCUAUUCGGCUUCAAUGCUAACCGCUGAAAAUGAUCCACUUGGUCCCUUACCACCAGGCUGGGAAAGGAGAGUAGAUUCAAAUGAUAGAGUGUAUUUUGUAAAUCACAACACAAAGACGACACAAUGGGAAGAUCCACGGACACAAGGCUUGCAAAAUGAAGACCCCCUUCCUGAGGGCUGGGAAAUCAGAUACACCAGGGAAGGUGUGCGAUAUUUUGUUGACCAUAAUACGCGAACAACUACCUUCAAUGACCCUCGCACCGGUAAAUCGUCUGUAAAUAAAGGUCCACAGAUUGCUUACGAACGCAGCUUUAGGUGGAAAUUAGCUCAUUUCCGUUAUUUGUGUCAGUCAAAUGCUCUGCCUAGCCACGUGAAGAUCAAUGUAUCCAGACAAACUUUGUUUGAAGAUUCUUUCCAGCAGAUUAUGGCUUUAAAACCCUAUGAUUUAAGGAGAAGGUUGUAUGUCAUAUUCAGAGGAGAGGAAGGAUUGGAUUACGGUGGCUUAGCCAGAGAAUGGUUCUUCUUGCUUUCCCAUGAAGUGCUGAAUCCUAUGUACUGCCUGUUUGAAUACGCUGGAAAGAGCAACUACUGCCUUCAGAUAAACCCAGCAUCAACAAUAAAUCCAGAUCAUCUCUCAUAUUUCUGUUUCAUUGGACGGUUUAUUGCUAUGGCUUUGUUUCAUGGCAAAUUCAUUGAUACUGGGUUUUCCCUGCCAUUCUACAAGCGUAUGCUAAAUAAGAAACUCACAAUAAAGGAUUUGGAAUCUAUUGAUACUGAAUUUUAUAAUUCCCUAAUUUGGAUAAGGGACAACAAUAUUGAAGAGUGCAACUUAGAAAUGUACUUCUGCGUUGACAUGGAACUACUAGGGAAAGUUACCUCCCAUGAGCUGAAGUCAGGAGGCUCAAACUUACUUGUAACUGAAGAGAAUAAAGAAGAGUACAUUGGCCUAAUGGCAGAAUGGCGGUUUUCACGAGGAGUACAAGAACAAACCAAAGCUUUCCUAGAUGGAUUUAAUGAAGUUGUUCCCCUUCAGUGGCUACAAUAUUUUGAUGAAAAGGAGUUGGAGGUUAUGCUCUGUGGCAUGCAAGAAGUUGACUUGGCAGACUGGCAAAGAAAUACUGUUUAUCGUCAUUACACAAGAAACAGCAAACAAAUAAUGUGGUUCUGGCAGUUUAUAAAAGAAGCUGACAAUGAAGUCCGUAUGCGAUUGAUGCAGUUUGUCACCGGGACUUGCCGACUACCACUGGGAGGAUUUGCUGAACUCAUGGGGAGCAAUGGUCCUCAGAAAUUCUGCGUUGAAAAAGUUGGCAAGGAAACCUGGCUACCAAGAAGUCACACAUGUUUUAAUCGUUUGGAUUUACCGCCUUAUAAAAGCUAUGAACAGCUAAAAGAAAAGCUGCUUUUUGCAAUUGAGGAAACAGAAGGAUUUGGACAAGAGUAAAAUUAAAGUUUGUUUUUUAGCCAGCCGGAGCAACUGAAUUGCACAGUUAAUUGUAAAUAAGCUGUUUCUUCUGUACAGUGAUAUUUUUUUGGAACUCUUUAAAAAAGGUUCUGUUCUUCCACAGAGAUAUGCAAAACAAUUUUACUUCUCUACUUUAUUUAUUUCCCCUUCGGAGAGUGGCCAGAAUAAAAUUGAAGCAGAAAGACUUUAUUUUUUAAAAAGUGUAUAGAAAUACACAAAACCAAGCUCUAGUUUUAUAGAGCUUUAAACUUACAAAAAAAUCACAGCCAUCCAGAAGGAUCAGGAGUUUUUUUCUCAGCCUUGUUCAGAAAAUGUGCAGACUGUUCUGUAUUCUUUUCAUGUAUGAAACAUCUCCAAGGUUAUUUCUAUCGCAUGGCUGUUAUAAAAGGUGUUAAAGACUUAGGCUAAUUGCAUCCUCACUAUGUAGACAAAUGCUGCUGGCUUUUUGAGAUGAUAGAAUGUGAUAUUCUGUCAGCUUAAUUUUAAACAAUUGUAAUAGCUGAUAACCUCUUUGCUACAUCUAUGUAGCCCAGGUCAUGAGUAAAACCUAUUACUUGCACAAAAGUAAUGUACAAUUAAAUGAAUGUGAUUAAUGUGAAGACAUUGGUGCCACUGUUCUGACUUACAGUAGAAGCUGAACAGACUUACUAUAACUCAUUGAGCAGCAUUGAAAAUUGUUUACAUACUAUCUUGGGUUAUUUCCAAGAGAAGAGUAGAUAAUAUUCAAGGAAAUAAUAAAAAAAGAUUCUUAUGUUGUUUGCUGUCAAACAGGCUUUUCAAAAGAUAUUGAUGAUAUGUUUCAGUUUCAUAGGAUAAGGUAAUUUGAAAUUUAGAAGGAUAUGAAAGUCAGUGUGAAUUACUCUGCUAAUUUUAUGUUACGGAUAUAGAGAAUCCAAAUGGAAAGUUAUGUAAGCUUUGCACAACUGAAUUCAUUUUCUGUAAGUAUUCAUAUCCUCAGCCCUUACGUUCAGGAAACAAAAAAAUCAGAUGAUCUUAAAUUAAGCAUCUCUAAAUUGUUUUUAUACAGGCCAAGGCUUAUGCACAAUAUAUAUAACAUUUAAAUUGUUUUAGCAGUAAGGAUGGACACUUGUUAUACUGCAAAUAUGUAAUGAAUUCUACAACAUUGAUGUGAAUUAUUAAAUGCUACUUCUAGCAAACUGUGCUUCCUUAUUAGAGUAACAUUUUAAAUUACCAUUUGUAUCAUGCUUUCAACAUUCACUGUAAAUUCCAUUAAAUUUAACUUAUACAGUUUUGUACACACAUGAAACAGAUUUCCUAGAAUUAACUUGUCUGUAACAUAUCAAACUGCAAAAAACCCUGUAAAUGCAGUAUGACUGCUAUAUUUACUCUCAUUUCCUCAAUGUAGCAGUUAAAUUCUGCCAGAAUCUUAUUUUUCUACAUAUUGUUACACUUUAUUAUUCAUGGAUAUUAAUUUGUGAAUGCUUUGAUAAAAGCACUGAAUUGAUUAA